UUUAACAGUAAUUAUUGCUCUUCUUCAAUCUUACUGUGACCCUGAUAGAACUUGUUAGUUUAGGUUAGACAUGGCAAGCACUAAAGACAGAAACACAGUCUUCUACCGGAUAUACCCCAACACCCUCCACUCUGACCUUGAACAGCUGCGACUUCAGUGUCUACAAACACUAGGCAGCGAUAUUGAUGUUAUCUGGAAUGCAGAGAGUUUCUCCCUGAGUAUAGAGGACCACAGUACCCUACCCUAUCUACAUGGUCAGCUGUGGUUUGAUAAUGCGCUGGAAGAUGAGUGGUAUGUGCUGUGGUUACUACAGAAACUAACCGCAGAGUUACCACUGGUUGCUAAGGUGUGGGAUGAUGAUGGUGAGUUUAUCCUGAUUGAGGCUGCAGAGGUGUUGCCAUCUUGGUUAACCCCUGAUAACAGUGAUAACAGAGUGUUUGUGUACGGAGGUAGAUGUGUGUUGAUCCCUCAACCUAGUUCACCCGCUGAGAUGGGAUGUUUUCCUCAGAAUGACGUGACUGUUGAACAAGCGCUGAAGUGUGUUGGCAAGGUUGAAAUACCCUCGUGUGUGAAGCUGAAUAAGACAAUCAACAGGAGACUUGCUCAGUUUCCAACCAGAAGUGUUCACAAGAUAAAAUGUGUGUUACCACUUCCUCUAGCGCACGCUUUAUCAACCUCACCGGCUCUCAUAUCCUCUAUAAUCAGCAUCUACCUGUACUCAGACCAGCGCGAGAUCCAGAGCGUUACCAAGAACAGGAGACUGGACUGGACAGACACGUGUGUUACUAACCUGAACCUCACGCGCUGCCAGUACGCGCAGUUGUACAGUCAGCGAGUGACCACUGCUAGCGCUUGGAGUCACGCGCCUGUAGGACAUGCAGACCACACAGCAAAGCAGCUCGGUCUCAAGAUAACAUUAGGUGCUGAGUUGGAGCUCUCUAUUGCAGCUGAUGAGACUGUCACCGACAAAGAUUUCAGUAAAUAUUUGAGCCGUUUGGAGACGUUUGGCUACUUUGCAGGUAACAUAGAAGACUCACGAGCGCACACAGAACUGUUGAACAGAGCUAAGUUGUUCUACCGAGCGUCCCAGAAACAAGACAGUGGUUCAGUGUGGCUGGGGAACAGCAGGGUGUUAAAAUCUCUAGUCACACAAGAUCCUGCAACUUUUCCUAAUUACAAGGAGAGAACUGUUACAGAGAGUGAGGAUGACUCCUGGAUGGACGAGAUGCCGCAGGAUAUUCAGAAGUGGUUUUUAAAGGGACGACAGUUUGAUAACAUGACAUCUGAAGGUAGUAAGAAACAAGAAGGGUCUACAAAGAGACCUGAUGUUGAGGAAAUGAACACUGAGAAUGUGUUACCAGAUAUAAACACGCGCCUACAGGGCUUCAUUAACAAGAUAUCAUCCCACGAGGGGGCUGAAGUUCCCGACUCUGAGAUAAACUUCAAUGUUGACGACUUCAUGAACUGUUUGAGGGAUCUGAAGGAUACAAUAGACGAGGGUGCACGUGACAGUGACAACACGUCCUCUUUAGACUCCAGCUCUAUCAGACUGUCAGAUGAGGAGAUGCAGGAGUACAUGAGAGAUAUUGACGAGCAGCUUAAAGCUACUACUUUAUCAGAGACGUUUAAGAAGGACGAGGAAGGGGAAGUGGAUAUUGAUUUGAAUCUUGUUUCUAAUAUUUUAGAGUCGUUUUCAGCAGAGUCGGGGUUGUCAGGACCUGCUUCUAGUGUCCUCGCGUCGCUAGGUGUUCACUUACCGAGAGACAAUGAGGAAACUGCUGGAAGCUGAUUUUAAACUAACGUUUUAAGUUAUUUGUCAGACGAUUUUUUACUACAUAGCUUCGAAAAAUAUUUCAGUCGAUCGGCUUUUUUAUUG